ACUAUUGGGAACAUUGUUACACGUUAUGUUUUUCAAUCCAUUUUUCUGGCAUCUUUAGCUCAGGAGCUUGCUUAUAUUUGCUUGGAAAACACUGAUGCAGAUGUUUUAUCCUUUGUCUAGUUAUAAGGAAUGAGAACCUGUUCUGGUGCUAAAAUAGUAAAAGAAAAAAACCAACAACAAAUCAUUGAGUUGGGGAGGAUUAACAAGCUUAGUGCUGGGGACUUGGCAUAGCUGAGCUAUAGAAAUCUAAUUUCCAUGUCAGGACAGCCAGACUGUCCUGACAAUGUGGCAGAGGGCUGAGGAAAGAGAGUUCUGUGGCAUCCUCAGCUCACAGGAGUCUUACAGCAUCAAUGUGCAGCAGGUUCAAAUGUAGUAGCCCAGUGUCCAGCCGGGGAAACUGAGCUUGGUUUGCUUGACUCUGUUGCUGACAGCAUGCUGUCUGGUGUCAUGGGGCUGGGGCAGUCUGUCCAACUGGAUACUUAUUUUGCAGAUAGCCUUCCUCCUGCCCUGCUUGAUUUCCUCUUUAGUGGAGGGAUGUAGGUGUUUCCAGGAUUACUGUUGGCACUAAAAUAUGCUAAUGGAGUUCAGGUAUCAACUUUUUUUGUGUGGCACUUUUCUUUGCUGUUGCAGCUCACUUUCUUCUGUUGAUUAUGAUGAAAUCCCUUUGGGAAUCUCGUUCAGGGUGGAGGUGCUAGAUGUGGUUGUCAUUUACUUUUGUAGGAGAAAUAUGAUACUUCCCAGUUUUCUUUUUCUUGAUAAAAUUCCGUGGUCUUGUGGGGUUUGGGUAGGGGCUUUUUGAUAAACUGCUCCUCUUUACAAUAGGUAAACUUAGGACUUGUCCAAAAAUAUAGCAAGUGUUUCCAAUACACUGUUGAGCUGGAGAAAGUAAUUUCUGUUAUUUCUGUUGGGCUGGUUGAGGAGCUGAUACAGAAAGCUGGAGAAUAUUCAGCUUUUCAAGUUUAAUGUAGAGAACUCUUCUACUGUUUUUGAGAUCUUCUGCUUUUUGGCAUCAGGAAACACUAGUUUCUUUCUAACAUCUCCAUUUUGUGAAAGAAGUAGACUUCUGUCUUCCUGCUGCAACAGAAGAGCCAAAGCAACAAGGACUAUUGAGGUGGGGGGUUUGUUUUAUAGAGGGGCUGCUGGAUCCUUCCAUGUGAAAAUAGCCUUGGUAUUAGAUACCUCAAUAAUUGGACAAGGCAUCUAAUUUUAGCCACUUCUCUCCAUGAAGGGUUAGUGUCCUGCCCUAUGCAGCACUGUUCUGCUGACAGACUUUAACCUGCAGAGUUGAUGACCUGGGGACACAAACCAGUUGCUGUAAUUGUUUAUGAACCGUCUUGUCCUGCCAGGGGAGGAUAGGAAAAUCUUUGGCAGUGGUCCUACCUGCUGGACCUUAGUGUGCUAUCAAAAUUGCUUCACUGCCCCUUUGAUGAUCUUGUCCUUCCUGUACCACUGCUGUAGGUACUUCUAAGCCAGAGCUGAGGGCUGGACCUAGGAUCUAAACUUAGGAUGUAGUCUAGACUUCUGUUGGAUUUAAUAACACUGGGUACUGGAUUUUAAUAUGUGUUCUUUGUCUGUGGUAGGCAUCAGAGCUACAGAAAUUGUCCUGUGAGAGAGAAACAGUGGAGUUUCCCAUGGGCCAUGUGGAAGCACAUGUGAGGGUGUACGCAAUUAUCUCACCUCUCCAAGUGCAAACUCUGUGGUUCUUGUAUAAAAGACUCAAAACCCAAUUCUGGUUUUGUUUACACUAGUGUAAACUCAGAUGGUGCUGGAGCAUGUCACAGGCUGCCCUUGGGCCCUGCUCUUUCUCAGGUUCAGAAGCCUGUGUUUGCCUACUGCUUGUCUGUGAGUACAUUUCGUAGUUUAAAACUCAAUAUGCCCACAAUGCAUUCCAAAAAUCCACUGCUGCUCAACUUGCCAAGCAGUAAAAUUAGGAUUUAUGAAGCAAACAGGCCCACAAAGUAAAAAAGCUCAAGAUUUUUGUAAUCUAUAUGAACUACUAUUGUUGGAGGGGUGUUGGUUCUAGCUGCAGCCUGCAAUGCCUCAUAUGCUUUAUUUUAAAUAUAGCAUUGAUUUUAAAUAUAGGAAAUUCUUGAUUAUGUAAAAUUUUAUUUCAAUCAAGUGUUUAGAAAACCAUUAAGUAGGUUAUAAAUAGAACAAUUUUUAAAUCUAUGUCCCUGUGGCCAUCUGUACGCUCUGCUUGUUGAGGCGGGAGGAAGAGUAUUGGGUGGGGUGUUUUGUGGAGGAGUGGUUUGGGUUUUUUUAGUGUAACACAAUAAAAGGACUUUUCAGUUGAGCAGCCAUCUCCUUCUGCAGAGGAAACUUGCAGGUUAAUGUUUAUGCUUGUUUUAGUCAUCAGAGGUGAGGUGCACAAUAAUGGCCAGCCCGUGUUUCUACAAUUGGAGGAUAUUUCUCAUGAUGAAGGAAGUCUCCAAGGUACUCAUUCCAGCUGCAGUGUUCAUUGGGCUGCACAAUGGGGACUGCUGUGGCUGCUUUGGCCAUGGGGGCUGUGGGAAGAGCUGUGUGAUGCUGUCCUCGGUUCUGGCAGCCUUUGUUGGGAUCCUUGGCUCUGGGUACUGUAUAAUCAUUUCAGCACUGGGCUUGUCUCAAGGACCAUAUUGUUUUACCCACCUACAGAGAAACUGGAUCUAUCCUUUCACUGAUUCCUCUGGAGGGUACUUGUUUGAGUAUAACAAGUGGUCUGAAUGUCAAGAACCUCAAAACAUCGUGCAGUGGAAUGUCACCCUCUUUUCCAUCCUCCUUGUCUUGGGAGGAAUAGAGUUCAUUCUGUGCUUCGUGCAGAUAAUCAAUGGCAUUCUUGGAGGACUGUGUGGGUUGUGCAGUCACGAGGAGACAUAUGUUUGCUAGAAACCUGACAAUGCAUUGAUGUCCGUGCGUGUGUGUAAUGCAAUGAGUAUUCUGUGGAUUUUUUUUUUAAACAUUCCAUGCAUACUGAAAUACACAUUGU